AUGGACCGAGUCUCCCUCGUAACAGCGAUCGCAGGAGCACCGACGCUGAAAGUCUUGAUCAGCUGGGCUCUGGGUCUGGCCAGACUCUGCCACAGCACGGCUCAGAGCUCGUCUGCCGACACCACUGGCGCAAUGUGGAGCGAUCACUAUUACAGAGAGCUCUGCGACGCAAGCACCGGUGCCAUGGAUGCUUUGGAUGAGCCGUGGGGCUUCGGUGUCUGGCGCUUCGAUAUCUAUCAGAAGGGCUUCAAGCCCCUUGUAGCCUUUGCGAGCUCCCCGUCCAGUCUUGCGAGCCGACGAAAACGAAAAUUGUGGCUGCUGCCGAUUGGUCAUGAAUCAUCAUGGGCUUGGGUCUGGAGAGCAACAGAGAUGAUGCUGGAAAGCUACCUGAGUAGCCCGCGUUCAAUUAUUUGGAUUGGAAUCAUACGCACCCACAUCGCCUUCCUCACGCUGAUACUCCAAUCUCAUGCCAAUGCUUCGUGA